AUGUCUUCGCCUGAUUUCUCCUCCAUCCAGACACUGUUCCAUGAGGCAAAGAAAACAGUGAAAUGGGAAUCGCUCGACUACGAGUUGGAGAAUGCGGCAUCAUGCUUUGAGAUCACUCCUGACGGUGGUUCAGUUGCGAUCGGUGACUCAGAAGGGCAUCUCAUAACAUUGCAGUUAUCAGACGAAGAUGUGCUUACGGUCACUGGUGAUGUAGAACGUCACAAAUCUCGAAUAACCGAUAUCGCGUUCAAUCCAACAUCUGAUCUGAUAGCCACAUGCUCAAAUGAAAACAGAAUUGAAAUAUCCUCGUUCAGGACCGAUUCGUCUGCCAUCGGACAACGCACUAUGAAAGUAUCGAUGAACGAUCGAGUGCGAGCAUUAACCUUCAUGCAAGAUUUGGCUAAUCGAUCAAAUAUUUUAUUUUCCGGUGUUGGUCGACAGAUCUGCAUAACAGAUUGUUGCUCAGCGGCUACAUUUCGAACGCUCAAAGGGCACAACGGUUUGGUAACAGCAUUUUGCACAUGGGGUGGAUGCAUGUUUGCGAGCUCAUCAACAGACAAAACAAUUCGAAUAUGGGACAUGCGAGUCUGUGAUGCUGUAAGAGUUUUCGAUCCGCUCCUGAAACCAGCAGCAAUCGGAUCAACAUCAUUUCACGUUGACUCGAACGGUCGUGUGUUAAUACGUGGUGAUGGUGACGGUACGUUGCAUUCGUUCGAUACGGCAUCAACGAAACACAUCUGCGCUAAGCGCGUAUUUGACAGAUCGGUGCUUUGUGCACGAUUCGCGAACGCGAAACGCUUUCUGAUCACAUCCGAUGAAAAAUGGUCGGUGCCUUAUUGUAUUUUCUCAUUUCCUUCAAUUGAGUUUUUGGGUUGUCGUUUUUUUUAA